UUCAUCGAGACAGAGAAAGCUUCGAAGAUGAAGUACAAAAAAUUACUUCAUUUCUUCUUACUCUUAACGAUAUUCUUGUGUUACGCGAAAUGCAACAAUACAGAACCGGAGGACGGCAAUGAUUUCCGACGAACGUCGAUGAUGUUAGAAAAUGCGGAGAUGAGAAUCAAAACCGCUUUGAAGUCUGUCUUAAAGCAAAGUCUUUCUUAUCUGAUGAAAAUUUCCGAAGAAGUGAACGUAUCUUCACCUUGCAUGAAGUCUUCCGUUCUCUUCCUGAAAGACUUGAUAAAACUGAAAGAAUGGCCUCUUCGAAUGAUUGAUUCUUUUGGAAAAUUACCGGCAGGAAUGUUAGGAGUAGCACUAUGGAUAUCAGGAGAUUAUGACCAGUGUUUGGACAUAGAAAUUCCUCAUAAUAAAAAAGAGAUUACCGAUAAAGGAAAGGAACAGGUUCGAGGCAAAUACUGUGCCCUGACAAUUGGAAUGCAAGAAUUAGAGAAACGUAUUGCAAAGUCGAUUCAUAAGUUGGAAAAUAAUUCAUUGAUUAAACUAGCAAAAGAGUUUAUUAAACCAAUAAAGCUUGAAGACUUAUUCAAAACAGACGUAGACAAAAUGAAGAAAAUACGUUUGGACGCGUGCAUUCCAAGUACAUGUAGUAAUAAAGACUUAGAACAUGUUGGGAAUUGGAUAUUCGGGACAGCAAUAGACUUUAAUGUCGGAUAUUGCAAAAUCAAAGAUGAACGCAUUGAAUACAGUAACGGACAAUUGAUAUCGUUGUAA